AUGUCAAAGCCGGGAAGGAAGUAUAAAUACGAAGAGCUCGGCAGCCCACUCGGUGCUUCCCGGGGUGUGGAGGAGGCGGGCGUGAAGGGCGCGCACGCGGCCAGGGCCCCAGCUGCUGCAGCUCCACUGGCCCGGCGGGCGCGAGCCGGAGAGGCUGCCUGGGGACCGCCGCCGCUAGACGCCCACCGGACACACGCCCGGCCAGCCGCCGAGCGCCUACCCGGGAGGACAGCGGCUGGGCCGCCCGCACCUGCCCGCGCCGGGCCCCCUUCCUGCGCCUCCCGCGCCGCCGCCGCAGCCCCGAUGCCCCGCGCCGCCCCCCGGUGGCCGCUGCUUCUGCUGCUGCUGCUGCUGCCGCCGCCGCCGCUCGCCCGCGGCGCCCCGGCCCGGCCCGGAGGCAGGAGGCCGGCCUCCGCGCUCGUGGUGCCCAAGCGGUUGCAGAGCAUCGCCGGGGAGGUCGCGCUCCACCUGUCCGCCUUCGGCCGCGACUUGGAGCUGCGCCUGGAGCCCGACGACAGCUUCCUGGCGCCCGAAUUCAAGAUCGCGCGCCUCGGGGGCUCGGGCGCGGCGGCCGGGGGCGAGAGGGAGCUGCGCGGCUGCGUCUUCUCGGGCACGGUGAACCGGGAUCCCGCGUCGCUGGCGGCCGUCAGCCUCUGCCGCGGGCUGAGCGGCACCUUCCUGCUGGAAGGCCAGGAGUUCACCGUCAAGCCCCAAGGCGCCGGGCGCUCCCUGCAUCAGCCACACCUCCUGCAGCGCUGGGGGCACGUGCACCCCGCCGCUGCAGCCCGGUCCCUGUCCAGAGCGUCUGAGAGGGAGACGCAGAAGGGAGCGGGUGUGAGGCAGGAGAGAAGAGCCGACACAGCGGAGGAGGAGGAAAAGGAGAAACAGGAGGACGACGAGGAGGGCCAAAGUUCCAGCGAGCCACCACCAACCCUGGGGGCCAAGAGCAGGACCAAACGGUUUGUGUCGGAGGACCGCUUUGUGGAAAUGCUGCUGGUGGCGGAUGCAUCCAUGGUUGCUUUCUACGGAGAGGACCUAGAGAGCCACAUCCUGAUGCUGAUGUCCAUGGCCGCCCGCAUCUACAAGCACCCCAGCAUCGGUAACUCCGUCAACCUAGUGAUGAUAAAGUUGGUGAUCAUGGGGGACGAGAAGCUGGGCCCCGAGGUGUCAGACAACAGCGGGCUGAUACUGCGCGACUUCUGCGCCUGGCAGCGGGACGUCAACCAGCCCAGAGACCGGCACCCCGAGCACUUCGACACGGCUGUCCUGCUCACCAGAGAGAACCUUUGCGGGCAGGAGGGCAGGUGCGACACCCUGGGCGUGGCCAACGUUGGCACCAUCUGUGAACCCAGCAAGAGCUGCGCCGUGAUCCAGGACCAGGGCCUGCAGGCGGCCUACACUCUGGCCCACGAGCUCGGGCACGUCCUUGGCAUGCCCCACGACGACUCCAAGCUUUGUACUCGGCUGUUCGGGCCCCUGAACAAGCACCACAUGAUGGCGCCGCUCUACGUCCAGCUGAACAAAACACGGCCCUGGUCCCCCUGCAGCGCCUCAUUCCUCAGAGAGUUCCUGGACCGCGGGUACGGGGACUGCCUUCUGGACGCCCCCUCCUGGGCCAUGGCCCUGCCCACAGACCUCCCCGGCCGCAGGGCCCUCUACGACCUGGACCAACAGUGCAAGCAGAUCUUUGGGCUGGGCUUCCGCCACUGCCCCAACUCCUCCGACCAGAACACCUGCGCGCAGCUCUGGUGCCGCAUUGAUGGCCCCGACCCCCUUUGCCACACGAGGAAUGCCAGCCUGCCCUGGGCCGAUGGGACACCCUGCGGGCCUGGGCACCUCUGCUGGGAGGGCAGCUGCCUACCCGAGGAGGAAGUGGAGAAGCCCGAGGCUGUGGUGGAUGGAGGCUGGGCCCCGUGGGGACCCUGGGGUGCAUGUUCACGGACCUGCGGAGGAGGAGUACAGUUUUCAUACCGUGAGUGCACCAACCCCGAGCCUCAGAACGGAGGGAAGUACUGCCUGGGUCAGAGAGCCAAGUACCAGUCGUGCCACACCGAGGAGUGCCCCCCGGACGGGAAAAGCUUCAGGGAGCAGCAGUGUGAGAAGUUCAAUGCCUACAAUUACACAGACGUGGAGGGAAACCUACUGCAGUGGGUCCCCAAGUAUGCGGGGGUGUCCCCCCGGGACCGCUGCAAACUGUUCUGCCUAGCCAGGGGGCGGAGCGAGUUCAGAAUGUUUGAGGACAAGGUGAUCGAUGGCACCCUGUGCGGACCCGAUACUCUGGCCAUCUGUGUCCGUGGCCAGUGUGUCAAGGCUGGCUGUGAUCACGUGUUGGACUCACCUAAGAAGCUGGACAAGUGUGGGGUGUGUGGGGGCAAAGGCGACUCAUGCAGGAAGGUGUCCGGCUCCUUCAGUCCCUCCAGUUAUGGCUACAAUGACAUUGUCACCUUCCCGGCUGGCUCCACAAACAUUGAUGUGAAACAGCGGAGUCCGCCGGGAGUUCAGAACGACGGCAACUACCUGGCCUUGAAGACCACAGAUGGGGAGUACCUGCUCAAUGGAAACAAUGCCAUCUUUCCCACAGAACAGUACAUCCUGCUGAACGGGACUGUCCUCAGGUACAGCGGUGCCUUCACCUCCCUGGAGCGGCUGCAGAGCUUCCAGUCCUUGCCCCAGCCACUGACCUUACAGCUCCUGAAGGUCCAUGGGGAUCCCCUCAAGGUCAAAUAUACCUUCUUUGUCCCUGAUGAUGUGUACUCCAGCAAACAGAGCAGCAGAGAGAGGACAACCACCAAUGUCAUUCAGGCCCUGCUCAGCACGCAGUGGGUGCUGGGUGCCUGGUCUGAAUGCUCUCACAGCUGCGGGGCCGGCUGGCAGCGGCGGGCAGUGCAGUGCCGUGACCCCAGCGGCCAGACCUCUGCCGCCUGUGAUGAGGCUCUGAAGCCUGAGGAUACCAAGCUCUGCAGAAGCCUGCCCUGCUUCUCGUGA